AAGGACGGCACCUUAGCCGCAUGAACUGCUCCAAGGCCUUGUUAGUAUUAAUUGCACUGAUAGAUCUACUUUCAUUGUCUUAAUAAGAACAAGAUUCAUAGAGACAAAAGACUGUCGGUUUGUCAAUAGGCUUUGCUGCUCUAUUUUCAAUUAUACCCAUCUCACCUGAAUGCAUUUGAAUGAGAGCAAUGAAGCUGGACAUCCUGUCACUGUAUCAAUUGACUACCACCUGUUACAAGCUCCUUUGAUAUGGCUAGCUUUACUAAUAACAUUAGCCAUUAAUGUUAGUGCUGACGAUUCUGUAGCGUUUGGGUCUGCACGCGAAAUCGUGUUAGCGGUACAUUGCGAUACUUUGUUUGAUUAAUCAGACCAAUCAGUGUGAGCC